AUGACGUCACCAACUAUUUUAACUGUUAUUAUGUUAUUAACCAUUUCUGGAUCGCUAUUCGCUGAAGAUCCGCAGUGCACCAGAUGGCAGAAAAACCUUUCUACAUACUGUUUAUCGAAAACAACUGGAUUCUUCAGAAAGUUUCAUGAACACUACUUUGACAAUCCAUUCGCCAUGAACCACUUCAACGCAACCUCUGAGGAAAUUAUAAAGUGCUUUCACGAUCUUCCAUGUCAAACAAAUCGUGACAUCAAGAUGGGAAAUCGUGUUGCAGCAUACCGAGAUACAAUUUUUGCUCUAACUGAUUCAUUUGUGAAGUGUGCAAAAACAUUGGAAUCACAUAACUCGGAGUGCUAUUACUCAUGGGAUCCAUUUAUGGGAAUUGAUGUUGAUGGACGGAUUUUGGAGAAUUUUGAUACUCGAGAUGUUUGUAAGAACUAUUUCGGUCCAAUGGAUUGUGUCCGACACGAAAUUGUUGAGUACUGUACUAUCGACGCCUGGAAACGCUUUAAAAAGAGAGCAAAAGAAUUUGGAGAGAGAAUUUACGGAUGCGAUUUCAGAGGUGUCUUUGCUUUUCCAAUUCGGUACAAUCAUUGA